AUGUCGUCGAAAUCCCUGACAUUCCGUCUGAAGCCUUCGGUAACACGCUCAGAUGCAGUGAGUGAUCUCAAUCUGGAGAACUCAUUUCCCACUUUGUCCUGCGCGGAUAAAUACGACUUCCCAUUGCUCGUCGAUCUCUGCUGCUGCUGCUACAUUUUGGAGCAUCUCCACCCCGACAACUGCCUCGUGGCGCUGGAAAAUGCUAACGCGUGGUGCCCGGAUUUCGACAAUAUUGUGGAGAAAUGCCUGCAUCUGAUCGACGCUUCGGAUGGAGCCGUUUUCCUGUUGGAACACUUUUUUGCACUGAGCCAUCGGACUCUCCAGAUGAUUGUACAGCGCGACACACUGGCGGCACCGGAAAACAUCAUCUACACAGCUGUCGAGGCAUGGGCUGCCGAGACCUGCAGGCGCCAGAACAUGGAUCCAUCAUCCGCCAACCGGCGGGAAGUGCUGGGGAACGUCUUGUUUCGGGUGCGCUUUCCGCUGUUGACCGAUGCUGAGAUGGCCAGCGGUCCUCUCAAGCAACCGGAUGUUGCCCUGGGACAACCGGAUGUUGCCUCAGAAUUCUGGGACAUCUGCAUGUACAAGAACACUACGGACAAGCCGGUGAUGCUUUUCGACAGUGCGCCGCGUCGUUCCGUGCUGUUCAGUGUCGGAGGGACGAUGUUCAAAUAUG